AUGACUUUUCCUGACGACAAUGACAAAUCAACAUAUGUGCCAUCGAUUACGUUAAAAUUAGGAAAUGACCCGUUGGAAAUCGAGGCCAACGAAUCAGACUUUCUCUUACCGAAAAAUCACUUUCCCACAGACAGGGAUUCUUUAUUAUCGAGAGCAUUACCCUGGCACAAAACCCCAUCAAUAUAUUGGUUAUUACCUGCAUUUUUCGUAGUUGCUGUCACCUAUGGGAUUGGGAUUGCCCCUAAAGUUAAAUUCUAUGUAGAUGUUGUCUGUCGGGAUUACUAUUCUUCGAAACAGGAAAACACGACACAAAAAUUAUUCGUUUUAAACAAUGAUGAAUUGCCCGAUGAUAUGUGUAAUAUUCCGGAAGUACAGGCCGAGGUUUCUCAAUUGAUAUUGGUGUUGAAUCUUUGUACUGCUAUACCAGGAGUCUUUGUGCUGGGAACGCUUGGCUCUCUCUCAGAUAGAUGGGGUCGUCGUAUGAUUCUCUUUCUUGCAAGUGUCGGAAUGGCCAUGCUUAAUCUGUGCAUACUGCUAGCAGGAAAUUUCUGGAGCUAUUUUGGCAUCAAAUUUUUAAUAAUCGGAUAUUUAAUGGAAGGGCUCUCCGGUGGAGUUUUGUUAUUUAUCACCGUCAGUUACGCUUAUAUCGCGGAUUGUACGACCUCUACACAAAGAAACGCAGUAUUCGGAUUGUUGCAAGGUGUAAUUAUAAUGGGCUUUUCGUUGGGUCCUAUGAUAUCCGGAUGGUUAGUCGAUGCUAUGGAUAACAUUAUGUCGUCGAUCCCGCUUGAGAAACAAUUGGAAAAUCAAAGACGUUACCAAGACGAACUAAGGAAUCAUUCUUUGUUCUGGAAAUGGUUUGGUGUGUUAAACCUUUUUAAAACAUUGUCUAUUCUGAUGCCUAGAAAUCAAAAAGGCGCCUCACGCAAUGCAGAAGAAUUGGAAGAUGAGAUCCCAACAAACGCCGGAAAAUAUUCAUUAUUAAAAUUGGCAGGAAUCAAUAUUUUAAUCUUUGGAGUAAUAACGGGAACGCAACAGAUAUUCUUGCUUUAUACCUCCUAUGUAUUUGAUUGGUCAAUCAUGGACCAAGGAUAUGUCUUGUUUUUGGGUGGAUUUUCAAGGGCAGUUGUGUUAUUGGUGGUUUAUCCUAUGUUUUUGAGAUUAUUUAAGAAAUGGAGUAUUAAAGAUGAUCGUAAAGUUAUUGAGAACAAUGUUAAUGAUAGAGAUGCAACAAGGAAAUCACGAACGUCGUCACCAACGGUGUUAGAUGAAGUCGACAAGAAAAAGGAACUAUUGACUGAAGUUUGGAUAAUCAGAGUUGGGUUAGCUGUUGACGCAAUUUCUUAUCUUUUCUUCGGGUUGGCGACCAAUUCGACAACAUUUUUCGCAGCAGCAAUAUCGAAUCCAACUAUCAAAUCCCUCGAAACUAAACUGAUUCCGAAAUCACAAGUGGGCCAAUUGCUAGGAGCGAUUAGCGUAUUGGAUUCCAUUAUACGUAUUAUUUCACCUACGUUGUUUUAUAGCAUGUACAGCUUAUUAGUGAAAACUUCACCGCAUUUGAUUUGGUACGGGGUUACGGGUAUGAUGGCGACAGCACUACUGUUAACCCUUGGAAUCACAUCCAAAAAUUAA